AUGACUGUUACAGCUCUUGAAAGAGGAUGCAGUGACUCAUCCUCGCUUUGUAAGAAUUCGCAGGAUAGUCAAUGUCUUGAAAGUUUUAAGAAAUCAUUAUAUAAGACGCAAGAAGUAAGAAGACAAAUAGUAACUUCAAUUUUAAGUAACGAAUCACUCAAUGAAACGCAUGUGGACUGUCUCAAGCAAACUCUGUCCGAGUUAACAGACAGCAGAACUACCGGAGAAAUGCGGCAUAUUUCCACGAGCUCCGCCACAUUUUCCAUUAAUAUCCGAGACGAAAUACGCGGUUUAGAAAAAGACGUUGAGUUCCUUUCCCGUUUACUUGGCAAACAUAUUAGUAGCUCCACUAUUGACGGCCUUUUGGAUGAUGUCGAUCUACCUGAUAUCUUGAGCCAUUAUCAUUCGAUCAGCGUCGAUGCUUUCCAACAUGAAUUAGAAAAUACAACUAGGUUUUUGCUUAAUUUCGUUAAUAACUCCAGUAAUGACACAAGAAAACCAUUCUUCGUAACGGAUUGGGAUGGAACCAUGAAAGACUACUGUUCACAAUAUGCUACAAACUUACAGCCCAUAUAUAGUGCGGUUGUAAUGGGUCGGUUCUCAACACUGUUUACCAGAGCUACUGCAGUUCUCACUGCUGGUCCUUUACGCGGUCCUGGUAUACUGGAUCUCACAGCUUUACCUUUGAACGGACCUGUAUUAUUCAGUGGCUCAUGGGGACGUGAAUGGUGGAUGCGUGGAAAGCGGGUUGUUCAUGAAGAUGGUAUUAGCGACGAAGCUUUUGAUGCUAUAUCACGAUUGAGUGAUGAGUUGACUGAGUUGAUCGACAGUGUCGACUAUGCUCAAUUUGCUUUAGUUGGAAGUGGUGUUCAGCGUAAAGUUGAUCGUUUAACACUCGGUGUUCAAACUGUGUUCGGCCAUGUUCCUGCUGAGCUUACCUCGAGAUAUAUCGAUGCUGUUAAAGAACGAAUGCAUCGUAUCGAUCCAAACAUGCAGGUUCUCAAAUUAGAUGAACAUAACCAUUUGGAAAUUGAAAUAUGUGCUCACGCUUUCAAUGAUGAAGGUCCUCCUAAGGUAUGGGACAAGGCGAAUGGUGUUGCUGCCUUGAUUGAAAGCUUGAAUGAUAGUCUAGAGGACGGCUUAGUGCUUGUGGCUGGAGAUACAAGCAGCGAUUUGCCGAUGCUACGUCAUGUUUUUAAUGAAAACCCUAAGGGUGUCAUGGCUUUGUUUGUGGGAGCCAAUGAAGAUUUGAAGUCAAAAGUAAGAGACAUUGUGAAAGAUGAUUCUCGAGUUUGUUUUAUCUCAACUCCGGAUGUAGUGCAUGCAGCCUUUGCUAGACUGAUUGCUAGCACCCAUGAAUUAGAUUAA